AUGAGUGAAGUUCAGGUCACAAUGCCCAUCAUUGAUGCUUUUAUGUUGGUCCCUCAGUACAUCAAAUUGUUGAAAGAUGUUGUGGCUGCAAAGAAGAAAGAGAUGGAAGGACCCAUGGUGUUUGAGCGGUGUUUAUGCGAUCUUGGAGCUAGUGUCAGCUUGAUGCCUUUGUCUAUUGCAAAGAAGCUUGAAUUUACUCAAUACAAGAAGUGUAGACUCUCUUUGGUGUUGGCUGAUAGAUCAGUGAAGAUUCCUGUUGGUAUCCCAGAAGACCUUCCCGUAAUGGUUGGUAACUUUGAGAUCCCUACUGAUUAUGUUGUGUUGAAGAUGGGUGAGGAAGCCAGAGACCCUUUGAUCCUUGGAAGACCAUUCUUAACCACAGCAGGAGCUAUUGUGAAUGUUAGAGAAGGAAAAAUUGAUCUUCAUCUUGGAAAAUGGAACAUCCUCCAAUUUGACAUCAAUGAAGUGAUGAAGAGGCCAACCAUCUAG